UCCGUCGUCGAGGGUAGAUCGCUCGAAGUGUACGUCUUAUGUGUGUGCCGUCGGAUAUUCGUGUCGUGUAACUACUAACGUGAUUCGACACCGCCGUGUACGUGAAUGUUCCCCAUUCCAUGCGCGCGUCGUACGUUGCUUUUUCCGUCGCAGUGUGUAUUCGUUGUGAAAACGAGUAGCAAGUGAGUAGUGGCUGCCACGAGAAAGACGAAAGUGACAGUGCUUUGUGCUGUGUGCUCUCUCGCCUCGAGACUCUUCGUUUCUUUCUCUUUGUGCCCUUCUUCGUCCCGGUUCCAUUGCUUUGUUUCUUUUUUUCAUUGCUGACCAGUGAAUAACAGUGCGUACUGGCUAUGACCUGGGAUACCAUCGGAUAUACCUGAGGAUAACGGAGACAUAUCCAUUACUCCUGACAGGACUCCGUCGUGACGGGUGGAAGUAACAUAACCUCUUCGAGGGCCUCUGACGAUAAGAUGUAUCCCAGUGCCAGUAUAAACGCAGCGGCAGCUGUGGCUGUGGCAGCUGCGGCACGGCACCCGGGACCGCCGCAACCUGGACAGCAAAUUAAAUUCACAGUCGGAGAAUCCUGCGAUAGGAUCAAAGAGGAAUUUAACUUCUUGCAGAACCAAUGUCACGCGUUGAAGCUCGAGUGCGAGAAAUUGGCCACGGAGAAGAUCGAGAUUCAGCGACAUUACGUGAUGAUCUCGGUGGGGUGUCGGUGCCAAGGCGGAGCUACAGCGAUGAAGGGUCGCGAAGCAGAAGAAGAAAGAGUAAGAGGAGAAGAAGAAGAAGAAGGUGGAGAAGGCGAGAGAGGGUGGUGGGAGGAGCGGUGUUGGCGAAUCGAGGGAGAUCGCGUGCUUUUUCUCGUUCUCUUUGUCGAGUUCAUUAACAAGCGCCACGUUAAGGACGCUCGGUGUACAGGGGUCGAGGCCCGUCACGUUAAUUUGUUGUGCAAGCCAUAAUGAGUCGCGGAAG